CAAUGAUAUCGGACCAGAAAUGAUGCUGCUCGCACUUUCGGUAAAGAUAGAAAGAAGGAAAGGACGUGCACGCACUGAAAAGCUAGGUCAAGGUUUUGAGAAAGAGCAUAAGCUUUAAAUAGACCCGCAGUACCCACGGGACGCCGCGCGCAAAUGCACAGAUCAGCAUACCUGUACAGUUUUUUAAGGGAUCAACUAUAUGAGCUGCAGCGGAUAUAAUGAUGCAGGAAGCCCCAGUGCCGCUGCUGUUCACGCUGAAAACAAUGCAAAGGCAGUGACAGUCAAGCUCGAGCUCUGCUGUGGUUUAACCAGUCCUGUCACUUCCUCUUUGACGUGUGUAUGUUGUGGACUGUCAGCCGUACGCGCUUUUUUAAAAGCACAGGACUUUAUUUUUUGACUGCAUGGAGGACACCGUCGGCCUGCUUUGCUGUUUUAUUUAGUCGGCUGAACCGGUAGCCAGCGGCUUGCUUACAGACAGCGCGGGGAAAUAGCGUUGGAGCGACCGACAGACACCUCGACCUGCGGCGGGGAUGUGUGUGAGCUAAACCCGCCGGAUAUCUAUGGCCGCGUCGCUCUGAUAAGAGCCGCUUUGAGCUAAAAACUCCGCGCCGAAGGUCUGAGAAAUGAGCUCGGCUCCUUCUCUCUGAUGCACUCGAGCUAAGGGCCGUCCUGGUGGAUUUGCCCCUGACCCAGCGGAGCGUUUCCAGCCCCAGCCCCGCUCCACGGCCAACAUGCUGAUCAAAGAGUACCGCAUCCCCAUGCCCAUGAGCGUGGAGGAGUACCGCAUCGCUCAACUCUACAUGAUUCAGAAAAAGAGUCGUGAAGAGAGCGAAGGCGAGGGGAGCGGGGUGGAGAUCCUGGAGAACCGACCCUACAGGGACGGCCCAGGUGGCUCUGGUCAAUACACCCAUAAGGUUUACCACAUCGGCCAACACAUCCCUAGCUGGUUCCGCUCCAUCUUGCCAAAAGCCGCUCUUCGUGUGGAAGAGGAAUCCUGGAACGCCUACCCAUACACCCGCACACGCUACACGUGUCCUUUCGUCGAAAAGUUCUCCAUCGAUAUCGAGACGUACUACAAGCCGGACACUGGUUGCCAGAAUGACGUCUUCAACAUGUCCUCAGCCGAAAAGAGGCAACGGGAUAUAGAUCCCAUCGAUAUUGUGAAUGAAUUCAUUGCCCCUCAUGAGUACCUGGCUGAGGAAGACCCCAAACUCUACAAAUCAUAUAAAACCCAGCGGGGCCCCCUGUCUGACGACUGGAUCUCGGAAAUCAACAACAACCCAGGCAAAAUGCCCGUCAUGUGUGCUUACAAGUUGUGUAAAGUGGAGUUUCGAUACUGGGGCAUGCAGUCCAAGAUUGAACGCUUCAUUCACGAUGUGGGGCUGAGGAAGGUGAUGGUACGCGCUCAUCGGCAGGCCUGGUGUUGGCAGGACGAGUGGUACGGUCUGACCAUGGAGGAUAUCCGGCAGCUGGAGCUGGAGACGCAGCUGGCUCUGGCACAGAAGAUGGCGCAGUACAGCUGCAACGAGGAGGGCGGCGAGAACAACGGCGCUGCCACCAGCCCCGAGAAAGAGCACGAAGCCAAGGAGGCCAUCAGCUCCAUCGAAGCCGAGGGCACGACGAGGACCAUGGGGGACACGCUGCAGGCGCGAGGAGAGCUGACCAAGCAGUGGUCUACCUCUUCCAGGUCCUCGCGUUCCUCGAAGAGAGGGGGAAGUCCUUCACGCCACAGCAUUUCUGAAUGGCGCAUGCAGAGCAUCGCCAGAGAUUCAGAGGACAGCACAGACGAUGAGUUCUUUGACGCUCACGAGGACUUCUCUGACAACGAGGAGAUCUUUGCCAAGGAGAUCACCAAAUGGAACUCCACCGAUCUGAUGGAUAAAAUCGAGACAGCGGAUUCAGAGGAAGCCCAGGGUGACUAUCAAGAAUCGGGUGGGGAGUUUUCUGGAAUCACCAGCGUGGAGCGGCUCAAUGAGGACUGUUCCUCACGGCAGUGCUUACAGCCGUCCAAGAUCCACGUCCUCAUCCUGGUCCUGCACGGCGGAAACAUCCUGGAUACGGGCAGCGGAGACCAGAACAGCAAGCAGGGGGACGUCAACACCAUCAGCAGUGCGUUUGAUGCUGUGAUGCGGGUUCAUUACCCCUCUGCAUUGGGCCGCAUCGCCAUCCGCCUGGUUCCGUGUCCAGCCGUGUGUGUGGAGGCCUUCUCUCUGGUGUCAAAUUUGAGUCCCUACAGCUAUGACGAAGGCUGCCUCUCCAACAGUCAGGAUCACAUCCCUCUGGCCGCCCUGCCCCUAUUGGCCACCUCUGCACCACAGUACCAGGAUGCCGUGGCAACGGUCAUAGUGCGAGCCAAUCAGGUCUAUGGUGACUUCAUCAAAUCCCUGGAGGGAGCCACUUUCACCGGACAGGUGUGUCUGAUUGGUGACUGUGUGGGAGGCAUUCUGGGAUUUGAUGCUCUCUGCAGCAGCAACAUCACUGUGUCAGAGAGUCAAAACAGCAGCCGACGCGGCAGCAUUGUCAGUGUGCAGGACAAUGACCUGCUGUCACCAGGGAUCAUUAUAAACAGCUCUCACUGCUCGGGUUCAGGCUCGGGCUCGGGUUUGACUCUGGAGGGCAGUCGCCACCUCAGCCGCAGUAAUAUAGACAUUCCUCGUUCCAGCGGUCCGGACGACCCCAAAAAACAGCUGCCCCGCAAACGCAGCGACUCUUCCACCUACGAGUUCGACACCAUCAAACAGCACCAGGCCUUCCUGACCAGUCUGCACUCCAGCGUUUUGAGGAACGAUCCGGGGUCGCGCCGGUCCAGCAGCAGUACCAUGCUGGAGGGAGGAGGCGCUCUGGGAAAGUUUGACUUCGAAGUGUCCGACUUCUUCCUCUUCGGCUCUCCGCUCGGCCUGGUUCUCGCUCUGAGGAAAACCGUCGUCCCUUCUUUGGACGUGGCUCAUCUUCGUCCGGCGUGCCAGCAGGUUUACAACCUGUUCCACCCGGCGGAUCCCUCUGCCUCACGUCUGGAGCCCCUGCUGGAGAAGCGCUUCCACCUGAUGCCACCGUUUAGCGUGCCGCGAUACCAGCGCUUCCCGCUGGGUGACGGCCAGUCAGCGCUGCUGGUGGAAACCAUCCAGAGUAACCCUCACCUCCUGUUGGAGAGUGUGAGCUGUGCCGCCCAGCGCUGUCAGGAUGGCAUCAGCGAGACUUCCAUUCCCGUCCCUGUGCUCAACUGGCAAGCCAUGCCGGCCCCCGCCGAGUCGGAUGCGAUGCAGUCUCACAGCAUCAUGUUUGCGGAUCACUCCAAUCCUUCGUCUCCAGCAUCCGUCCCAGCCUUCCGCGGGUUGCGCAGGGCCAGCGAGACCAGCAUCGCCAGCCAGGUGUCAGGGUUAGCGGACAGUUACACUGCCUCCAACAUUGCCAACACGCAAGCAUGCCAACUUAGUCUCUCCAAAAAGCUCAGUCUUUUGUCCCAAUUGGCCCUUCCCUAUAAUAAAAGCAGCUCCCGAAGCUCCUCCCCCAAAUCCAGCAAAGCACAAAAUAAGCAGCAGGUAGAAAGGCAGGAUUCCAGCUGUUUGGAUGAUUCAGAGCAGAGCGUCUCUCUAGGCUUUGAGCCCUCACCCUCGCUCGCCUCAGACCCGCCAUCUCCAUGUGUCCCGCUGGACAUCGAGCAAGUCGCUGCUCGCUGGUGGGGCACGAAGCGCAUUGAUUUCGCCCUGUAUUGUCCUGAUGCUCUGACUGCGUUCCCCACCGUGGCUCUACCUCACCUGUUUCACGCCUCCUACUGGGAAUCAACGGACGUUGUGUCUUUCCUGCUCCGACAGGUAAUGAGGCAUGAGAACUCCAGUAUUCUGGAACUAGAUGGGAAGGAGGUGUCAGAAUUCACUCCGUCCAAACCGCGGGAGAAGUGGAUAAGGAAGAGGACCCACGUGAAGAUCAGGAAUGUUACCGCAAACCACCGCGUGAACGAUGCCGUGUUUACGGAGGAUGGCAAUCAGGUGGUAACGGGUCGCUUCAUGUACGGGCCACUGGACAUGGUCACACUGACAGGAGAGAAGGUGGACAUCCACAUCAUGACCCAGCCUCCAUCCGGUGAGUGGGUGUAUUUCAGCACAGAACUGACCAAUAGCAGCGGCCGGGUUUUCUACACAAUUCCCGAGAACAAGCGGCUGAGCAUCGGCGUGUAUCCGGUCAAAAUGGUGGUCAGGGGCGACCACACAUCUGCUGAUAGUUACCUGACGGUGCUGCCACGCGGCACUGAGUUUGUCGUGUUCAGCAUCGAUGGCUCGUUUGCCGCCAGCGUGUCCAUCAUGGGCAGCGACCCUAAAGUGAGAGCAGGAGCGGUUGAUGUGGUCAGGCACUGGCAGGAUCUGGGUUACCUGAUAGUGUACGUGACGGGCCGUCCAGACAUGCAGAAGCAGCGCGUGGUGGCCUGGCUUUCACAGCACAACUUCCCUCACGGGAUCGUGUCCUUCUGUGAUGGGCUCGUACACGACCCCCUCCGACACAAAGCCAACUUCCUCAAGUCUCUCAUCACAGAGGCACAUAUGAAGAUCUUUGCUGCUUACGGCUCCACUAAGGACAUCUCUGUGUACACAUCACUGGGUCUGCCGCCAUCACAGAUCUACAUCGUAGGGAGACCAACAAAGAAAAUGCAGCACCAGUGUCAGUUCAUCGCCGAUGGCUACGCGUCUCACCUGUCCCAGCUGGAGUACAAUCAGAGAUCGAGACCCGCCAAGACCGGCAGCACUCGCAUGGUCCUGCGGAAAGGCAGUUUCGGGCUUGGCGGCAGUGGGGAUUUCUUGCGGAAGCGCAAUCACCUGUUGCGCACCAUUUCCUCGCAACCCACGUCCUCCACGCCGCCCGUGCAUAUAGGACGUCCCGAACGUACACAGAGCCAAUCAGAAUGCGACCGCGAGCGGGCAGAACGUGCUCAGAGGAGCAUGAGCAUUGCCGCCGGCUGCUGGGGCCGAACCAGCAGACUCGAGGGCGGAGCCUUGAGCCCGAAAUAGGCUCCACCCACCGGGUCCAAAUUCUAGAGGCACUUUGUUCUGGAGGCACAUGGGGCUGCAGGAUCGGACACGUCGAAAUCUCACAGUAUUACAACGGACUCUGUGAGCAAACCUCACGGCAUUACUAUUGUUGCAUGGGAAUUGUUCAUGGUUUUAAUUUUUUUUUUUUUUUUUUUAGUCCGGCAGCCAAACAUUUUCCAGAAAUCUAGCGCCUUAAGCAUCGCUCUGGGUCGUGGCCCUCGCCUCUGACUUGAUUGAAUGUACUGUUGGGACUGAAAAACGGAUCAUUGGGUGGGUAUGGACUUUUCCCGCUUUUCCUGUCAUUCCCCUUUCCGAGAUUCCCACACAUGUAAAUACGUGCCUCCUCUUACCUGCUCAGGGCAGCCAUGAACUCGAGGAGCUGAUAAGACCCAGAGGCCAUUUCACGUCCCUUUUCUCAUUGGUUUCCGUUGGGCCGGCCCAUUCCGGCAGCCUCUCCGAGUCGAAUCCCAGCAGCAUUUGGCAAUAAGGAACGAAUCCCAUCACACCAAACUCCGUCUGCAGGUCAUCAGAGGCCUUAACUUUGUAUUCAGAGCACCAACAAACUCUCAAAGGAACAGCUAUCCCUUUACAAGGCCAUCUGCUUGCAAUACCUCCGGGAUGCCACAUCGACAUGGGCUGCUGGGUCACGUUUCUUUCCUCGUUGCUGUUUUGUUCACUUCUGAGCCACCAAACGCGAUCGUAAGCACACGCCACAUCUGCUGAAGUAAAACUUUUCCGCUGCUGCUGUUGCUGUCUACGUAGAGAGAAUUUCCCAUCGAGGACGCGCCGUGCAGCUCGCUGUAUUUGCAUGACGGACAAUUUUUCCAAGAUUUCACUUGAUCAUUUCCUCUCUCAAUCCUUUGCACGAAAUCCUCAGCGGUUCGACUUGCUCGAUUGCGCCGACGGCCAAAACGAUUCAUUUCUAAAGCUGUAGUUCUGCAACUGCAUAACCUCAUUGUUUUUUUGCACUAGUGGAAUAGUGGAGGUCCUUGUUACCAUCUCAUGUCGCUACAUAAUGUUGGCGUGUAGUACAUGACCCUUAUUAUUUAUGGCAGGGUAUUUUGUGCGCGUAUGCACGAUUAUAUAUUUCUCCGAUAUAUAAAAACAAAACGCAAGAAAUGUGCCAAAACCAGGCAGAUCAUAGGAACCCGAACACGUCCGACGUUUCCGACGCAUUGUAGCAACGUUCCCCAAGUGUUUCGACGGCACAUGUAUAAUAUUUUUAAGAUUUUAGAUCAUUUUAGAUCAACUUCAGUCCUUUACAGUUCAGUUCUCUAUGAUAUUGUCCCUAUGUUCAUAUGUAAGUGAUUCGAGGUAUAUAGAAAUUGUGCUUUUAAUUUUCGCGAUUUUAGAUCGGACAGCAUGACAGAGUCGUGAAGCUGUACGCAGUUUGUUUCUGUAUCAUGAACACACUGGAAUAGCCAUGCUGCAUGUGCGUACUUGUUCUUCGAAUCGAACCGGGAGGCUUCGUCCGGAGCGGAUGUUCUGAAUGGGACUUCAAACAGUGUAGAUACUGUAAAGAUGUAAAUUUCACUAUAUAGGAUAUGUUACGGUCAGAAUUUAUUUAUUUCUGUAGCUUCAUAAGAUGAUGGAUAUUUCAGGUUUCCAUGUGUUGCUUUAUUCUUUUGUCCAACAGUUCUGAAAUGCUUCUUUUAACGGACCAAUGACGUGUCUACUUGUGCAUAAUCGUUGACAGUGUUUCUGUAGCAAAACUCUAGACGACGCCACCACCGCCACCGCAUGGACAAUCAGUUCAGCAAACAAGCGAGGCAAGGAGCACGCACACCUACACGUGUACAAAAAUGCUCUUAUUCUGCAGACCUUCUGGAGACCUCCUACUCUGGAAUCCGGUUUAUCGCGUUGAAAUUUCCACGUAAUGUGAAUCGGAAUUGUGAAAGUGGUUCUGUGAUAAAUUCGCUCCAAACAACCUAGUUUAAAUUGGUGCUGUACAACUCCGAAAUGGCAUUUGGACUGGUAUUACUAGUAUUCACAGGUAAAGUUUUAAUGCGUCUAGUUUGGUGCUAGACAUCAGGGUUCUCAAUUGAAUAUGCUGAAAGGUUUGUGAACUUGUACCGCUGAUAUCUAGAUCAUUUUGGUUGUUGGUUUAUGAUUUGAAUGUUAACCACUGAACAAAUUCUUAGUCUGGAAAUUGCAAAUUUCCGUUACGUUAUUCCACACACCCACUCUUGCCAUCUGAACUGACCAACUUCUUUAACCUGUUUUCAAGCUAGUUGAUGCGCUCCAUUGAGGUUUAUUUCCAAAUUGCAUCGCAGGGAAUCAUACGAUAUUGUGAUUGACGUUCGUGCCACAGUUUUUACAUGGCAAUUAUCCGUUUAAAUAUCUGCGGCCUCGCUUGUAGGCCAGUGUGCGAGUAUUAUAUCUUCAGAUAAACCAGAUUAUAGCCACUUUUGUACUUUGCAUGUCACAGAAGAGCUUUCGUACACUUUCCUGUACUCUUCAAUAAUGGGCCACACUACAAACCUCCAAUUUAUAGUUAUUCCGAAUAUGCUGUUGUCUAUAUAGAUCAUCAUAUCAGUUGUUACUUCCAAAUAUUUAAAUGAUCUUAACGGUAAUCCCAAAUCCAAUCAUAUUUUUUUAAAAACUGACAUCUGAGUAAUUGCAUAUAUUAAAAGACGGAUGUUAAAUGCAUAUAAAUACUGGUAAAAUGUUGACAUCUACAGUAUUUUUGACAUGUAAAUGCUGUCAUGAUUAGUGUGCACAGGUGUUUCACAACACAAGCUCAUUGGAUGAAAUAAAUAUGGUGAAAUAUCUCGAAGGUUUUAUGUUUUGUGCCCAUCUUGUUUGUUGCCAAAACUUUCAGAUUGCUGUACAAAUCAUUUAAAAGAAUCACUUUCCCAACAACUUUUCGAUGAUGAAUGGAGACGUACUGCAGGUUCAUUUUACACUCCUGUUGACAUACUGAUCUGGACUGACUCGCUCCUUUACAGUUUUCUUACCAGGUCGGUGGUUCAGUGCUCUCAUAUGUAUAACUGUAUGUACUGUGGAUUAAAUACAGUUGGACAACUGUGAAAGUCUUUUGUGAUUU